AGAAAACUUUGCCGCUCUUCCGCGCUGGGGCGUCGGCGCCAGGCCCGGCAGACAGAGCAAUGCGCCCCCCGGGCUGAGGGCAGAGGAUGCCGCCGCGGCCCAGCACCCGGCCCGGGGAGCCGCGGGGUGGCACGCGGGGAAAGUUGGCGCGCGCCUGACCUCGCCUGGAAGCCGCGCGGUGCCCGGGCCGAGUUGCCCCCCAAGUUUCUGCGGCGAUUUCUCACUCCCUGGGGAUCCAGCGGUCCGAAUCCCGCGGGGCCUACGGCUCACGGAUUCUGAGCGCUGGGAAGGAGAAGCCCGCGCUUUUCCCGGGGACCUGCGCUUGAGCUGAUACUUAGUGGGUUCGCCCUGGAUGGUAGCGAUUCGAGUUGUUUUCUGCUUUUCUUCUCCCUCAGACAGUGAGUUUGUGGAAGCCUCGCCCGCAUCGUACAGCCCAGACGAGUUAGUGGUCCAGUGUGGAGUUGUCAGAGGGCUGUGCUUCAUGUGUCGUUGAGGACCUCGGCUGCUUCUAUUUCCUGGCUUCGCCAUCUUCUAGGGGCUCAGAUUCUUUCACUGAUGCUUUGUAUCCAUUUGUCAGGCUCCCCUCCUGCUUGUUAUAGCCCCAGUAGUCCUGUCCAGGUUCUGGAAGACGCCACCUACUUUUCCCCAGACUUUCAGCUCUAUUCUGGGAGGCAUGAAACAUCUGCUUUGACGGUGGCGGCAACCAGUAGCAUCAGGGAAAAAGUUGUUGAAGAUCCUCUUUGUAACUGCCACUCCCCAAACUUCCUGAGGAUCUCAGAGGUGGAAAUGAGAGGUUCCGAGGAUGCGGCAGCUGGAACAGUAUUGCAGCGGCUGAUCCAGGAACAACUGCGGUAUGGCACCCCAACCGAGAACAUGAACUUGCUGGCCAUUCAGCACCAGGCCACAGGGAGUGCAGGACCAGCCCACCCUACAAACAACUUUUCUUCCACGGAAAACCUCACUCAAGAAGACCCACAAAUGGUCUACCAGUCAGCACGCCAAGAACCGCAGGGUCAAGAACACCAGGUGGACAAUACGGUGAUGGAGAAACAGGUCCGGUCCACGCAGCCUCAGCAGAACAAUGAGGAACUGCCCACUUACGAGGAGGCCAAAGCACAGUCGCAGUUCUUCAGAGGGCAGCAGCAGCAGCAGCAACAGCAGCAGGGGGCGGUGGGCCAUGGUUACUACAUGGCAGGGGGCACCAGUCAGAAGUCCCGAACUGAGGGGAGGCCCACUGUGAACCGUGCCAACAGUGGACAGGCGCAUAAGGACGAGGCACUGAAGGAACUGAAGCAGGGUCACGUCCGCUCGCUCAGCGAGAGAAUCAUGCAGCUGUCCCUGGAGAGGAAUGGGGCCAAGCAACACCAUCCUGGCUCGGGGAAUGGAAAGGGCUUCAAAGCAGGAGGGGGUCCCUCCCCUGCUCAGCCUGCAGGUAAAGUGCUGGACCCUCGGGGUCCUCCACCUGAGUACCCCUUCAAGACCAAGCAAAUGAUGUCCCCAGUCAGCAAGACCCAGGAGCACGGACUUUUCUAUGGUGACCAGCACCCCGGGAUGCUCCACGAGAUGGUCAAGCCCUACCCUGCUCCUCAGCCUGUGAGAACAGAUGUGGCCGUCCUGCGGUACCAGCCACCCCCUGAAUAUGGGGUAACGAGCCGCCCGUGCCAACUUCCGUUCCCGUCAACCAUGCAGCAGCACAGCCCCAUGUCCUCCCAGACCUCCUCCGCCAGCGGGCCGCUGCACUCUGUCUCCCUGCCGCUUCCACUCCCGAUGGCCCUGGGCGCUCCACAGCCCCCGCCCGCUGCCUCCCCCAGCCAGCAGCUCGGUCCAGAUGCCUUUGCGAUUGUGGAGCGAGCCCAGCAAAUGGUGGAAAUAUUAACAGAGGAGAACCGGGUGCUUCACCAGGAACUUCAGGGUUACUAUGACAAUGCCGACAAGCUCCACAAGUUUGAAAAAGAACUUCAGAGAAUUUCGGAAGCCUAUGAAAGUCUGGUCAAGUCUACCACCAAGCGAGAGUCACUGGACAAAGCGAUGAGAAACAAAUUGGAAGGCGAGAUUAGAAGACUUCAUGAUUUCAACAGAGACCUCCGAGAUCGACUAGAGACUGCCAACAGGCAGCUCUCCAGCAGGGAAUACGAAGGGCACGAAGACAAAGCUGCAGAGGGGCAUUAUGCUUCCCAGAACAAAGAAUUCUUAAAGGAAAAGGAGAAAUUAGAAAUGGAGUUAGCAGCAGUGCGGACUGCAAGUGAGGACCAUCGGAGACACAUUGAGAUCCUGGACCAGGCUUUGAGCAAUGCCCAGGCCAGGGUCAUCAAGCUGGAAGAGGAGUUACGAGAGAAGCAAGCAUAUGUUGAGAAAGUCGAGAAGUUGCAGCAGGCCCUGACCCAGCUGCAGUCUGCAUGUGAGAAGCGAGAGCAGAUGGAGCGGAGACUGCGGACUUGGCUGGAGAGAGAGCUGGACGCGCUGAGAACCCAGCAGAAACAUGGAAAUGGCCAGCCAGCCAACGUGCCGGAAUACAAUGCCCCAGCCCUCCUAGAACUUGUGCGGGAGAAGGAGGAACGGAUCCUGGCCCUGGAGGCCGACAUGACGAAGUGGGAGCAGAAGUACCUGGAGGAGAGCACCAUCCGACACUUCGCUAUGAAUGCUGCGGCCACCGCAGCAGCUGAGAGGGACACCACAAUCAUCAACCACUCACGGAAUGGCAGCUACGGAGAGAGCUCUCUGGAGGCCCACAUCUGGCAAGAGGAGGAGGAGGUGGUGCAGGCCAACAGAAGGUGUCAGGACAUGGAAUACACUAUUAAAAAUCUCCAUGCCAAAAUCAUAGAGAAAGAUGCUAUGAUUAAGGUCCUGCAGCAGCGAUCUCGUAAAGAUGCUGGGAAGACAGACUCCUCCAGCCUACGUCCUGCCCGCUCCGUUCCAUCCAUAGCAGCAGCUACUGGGACACACUCUCGCCAGACCUCUCUUACCAGCAGCCAGCUGGCCGAGGAAAAGAAGGAAGAGAAGACCUGGAAGGGGAGCAUAGGAUUGCUGCUGGGGAAGGAGCACCAUGAACACGCGUCUGCCCCACUGCCGCCACCCCCACCCAGCUCAGCACUGUCCUCCACAGCCUCCACGACGGCAGCCAGCAGUGCCCACGCCAAGACGGGCAGCAAGGACAGCAGCACACAGACCGACAAGAGCGCCGAGCUCUUCUGGCCCAACAUGGCCUCCCUCCCCAGCCGCGGCCGGCUGAGCACGACCCCUGCUCACAGCCCUGUCCUGAAACACCCAGCGGCCAAAGGCACCGCAGAGAAACUGGAGAACUCUCCUGGCCAUGGGAAGUCGCCUGACCACAGAGGCCGGGUCAGCAGCUUGCUGCACAAGCCUGAGUUCCCUGACGGAGAGAUGAUGGAAGUCCUCAUCUAACUGCCAUCCCUGUGGAAUUUCAGAACGGAGCAUUGACAAACAAGGAAAGUGGCAGAGAAAGAAGAAAGACCUAGAAGGUUGUAGUGGGAAAUCAGGAAUGAUUUGAACUGAUAAAGAUUUCAGACUCAUAAGAACACAUUUUAUAAAUGUUAAACACAAAAACAGGAGACCUACAUGACUGAAGAUAGAAGAGAAUGCGAUGGAUUUUAUUACACAUAGUGGAAGGGAGAGAGGCGUGUAGGUUUGCAAACAAAGUUAAGAAAUAGGAAAUUGAAUUUUUCGUUGUACAGAAAAUGUAUCUCUUAGGGAGGGCUUGUGUAUCCCCAUUCUCUGAUUAUAAACAGAUAAACCCAAAUGUGGAUCCUCCUUGGAAUACCCCCAUUCUCCUUGCCUCUUAGCAUGUUUGGUUUAAGAAGAGCCUCCAAGAAAUCUUGAGAGCCUGUCUUGGCAUAAUGCAGUGUGACUUGUGCCAACCGUGGGGUGUCCCGUGUGUGUGAGUGUGGCAGUGAGAAGAAGCAUGGAGGGCGAGGGGGAUAUGAAAGCUGGUCUUCACCUAAUUACCUGUUUGGUUUGGAUUUCCAAGAGAUGAUUGGGCUUCUUAGCUUUUCUGAAUUCUGCAGUAUUGUCUAAGCAGGAUGGAUUAUGAUCUCAGUCCUCAUCCAUCCUAACUUCUGAGUUCAUCUCUGUCUCUGCUUUAUGGUCUUUAAUUUUUUGUUGUUCCUUCAUUUGUUUUUGUUUUUAAUAAGACAUAGCAGAAUUCCUUAGGUAUGGGAUUUAUGAGAGCAGUACCUGAACUGUCAUCAUUCCUGCUUGUUUGAUAGUGACCAGUAGGACAAAGCCAUGUGCCGCUUCCUGGCUGCUUCACCUUUGCAUAGCUGGGUUGCAGCUGUGAACCUCAUUCUGACUGUGAACUAAGCAAGCUUUGAGGAGGCAGGAGAUUCCAUGGGUCCCUGUGACAUCUUGCAUUAAGAUCGUGGCACUUGCUUUUUUGUCUCUCACAUCGGCUCUCUUGCAAGGAGCUUGACAUUUCCAAACUCCAUUGCUCUGUUGGGGAAGACUUAGGACAGCACUCCAGGAAACAGAUGACAAUUUACAGACAGUUGUCUCAGUGGUUUCCAGAAUCCCACCAGCUCCCAUGUACCUUCUUGUAUUGAGGCUCAUGAGCGUAUUCACACUCUUUCCACCCCUGCGCACGCCUCUGCUUGCUCUCGAUCAGCACCCAGACCUCCAUGGCACUAGCUUGCCUCUGUUGUGAACUUCUUUUGUAACCUACCAGGCCAGUGUAUAUACAGUGUUGUCAGGCUUUUCAGGAUUUCAGUUUUGAAGCAGUUUAUUCAAAGUGAGACAGAAGUGCCAUGGAAAAGAGGCAGGCGUGUGUUAGGUGGCAGGUCCCUUAGACCUCUGCUGUGACAUUGCAUAUUCAACUAUUCUGACACUGGCUUCCUUUACAAAUCUAGGAGAUGCUGGAUUAGAAAAGAGGAGAAGCUCAUCAGGCCAUCAGAGAGAUGCUCCUGCAGGGUCCUGAUGUUUGUGUCCCUCCAGGUCAGCUGGAUUGGUGUUUUCCCAGUUCCCUUUCCUCAUGCUUGCUUAGAGGAAGAAAGAAAGGAGGGUACCUUUUCCAAGUACCUUCUAAAUGAAACACUCAAGACAGUGCUACUCAGGAAACAUUGCUCGGGUAGCUUAUUUUAGGACUGUUCUUGGGUGUGUAACCCUGGUGAAGUUAUAUCCUCCCCAAAUUGAGGUGAUAGAAGGAAGACAAGAGGUGUAGGCUGGAGAGGGGAGGGAAGAAAUCAGUGGCUUUGGCCGGACUCUGUGCCACCCAGUAUGACAGAGGAGUGGGAACUGGCCCUCUGGAACUCUGCUUUGCCAUAGGCACUGCACAUUGUGCCACUUGCUCAUCACCUCCUCUAGUCUCUCACUGAGCAUUGGAGUACCUGUUGUGCAGAUGGGAAAACUGAGGAGCUCUGAGAGGCUGAGCAUUGAGCUCGCCCCAUGUCCUAGGGUGUGGGAAGAGGGCACAGGAGGCCUCAUCCAUUGAGGAAAGGACAGGAUGGACAUGGGUGGGGAGAGGGCAUAGAGAUCCCUUCCUAAUCUCUGUUCCCACCACAUUUCAUAGGAGAUGAGCUUAGGAGAUGGCAACUAACUCUCUUAAGGACAUUUUGACCCCAGUGUAUGUUGGGGAUGGACCAGAAAGUAAAAUGUCUAGAGAUAGGAAGGUAAGUCAGCUCUGCCAGCCCCUACCAUCAGGUCUAGGCCACCCCAAACUUGGGCUGCCUCCCUUAGACGCAAGUUAGAGUGAGAUACCCAGCCGUUUCUCCCGAAGCCUGGUCUUCAUGCCCCAGACACCUCAUUGCCCUAGUCAGGUGUCAGACUUGCUUGCUUUUCAAGGUCCACCUGAGCUGCCAAGUGUUUUCAUUGUCAGAAUACAAAUGGACACAUGGCCAUGUUUCAGGGCUUCAACUGCAUUGUAUUGUGGACUUUGACAACAUUUUUUUCCUCUUAACCUACUAAGACUCUUCCUUAAGAACGGGAUCUCUAGCUUUAAAAUGCCACCUUCUGUGGGAAAUUUCCUGCCAAGCCAGGGCACUAAAUACUUUCAUCAUUAGAGCUUUCCUGAAGUCUGGCCAUAUACUGAGCACCUGCUCUGAGUUCUGGGCAGCUCACACUAUCUCAAACAGGUUUUCAGAAAAACAAUGCAACUAUAUUUUCUAGCGCCAACUGUAUGCAAACAGUGUGGCAAGUACCUUUUAAUUAGUCCUCCACCCAUCUGGAGUACAGGGGGUGAGUUUAUUAUUCUGAUUUCACAGAUGAGGAAAUGGGCUCAGAGAGGUUAAGUCCCUUCCUGAAAUCUCACAGCCAGGAGAAGCCAGGAUGAUUUAAAACAAAGUUUGGAGAGGCGCUGCGUGUAGACCGUGGCUGUACGGCCUCUAGCAUGCGGCGCUGCAUCUUGGCAGUCUCUAUCCCUGUCUGUGAUGUGCGCGUGCACAUGUACCUACGUGGGUGCACACACACAGCUCUCACACAUCUCAGAGCCUGAGAAGUAGGCCUAAGCCCAGAACUCCUAGAAUCGCCUAUAAAUGCCAGGCAUAGAUGGAAAUUACUGUGUUCCACCAAAAGCACAGCUCUAAACUCUACCUAAAAGAUACUUCUGCGCUUUGCAGAGACCUGGACUUCAAACAUUCCCAGUGGAGCCUGCUUAUAGAACUUGAGGGUCCUGUCUCAGGGUGAAGGGGAGAGGCUCCGGCUUCACGGGAAGGUAUUCCAGCAUUGUUCUGCUUCACCCUUGACUGUGUUGUCUGGCAGUUUCUGUGUGCUGCCAGGAGAGUAUAUGGAAUUGGAGAAGUUGGAGUCAGGUCUCUGACGCCAGAGUUUCACUAAGUAGAUGCCUCUGUACCUAAGAACUAUUCCUGUCUGCAGGUCCAUAUAGCUAUGCUGCCAGGAAAAACACAUUAUUUUCCAAAACUUUCAGAGCAUGUGCAGAACCCUUUCUUAGCAUUUUCUUCUCUCAGCACUUUCUCUGCCUCCCAGAGGCUGGCAGCCAGUGGCACUGUGGAGUUCGGCAUGUUCUAACCAUGCACGCAGGGCAGGGCUGCCUUGGCCCCCCUCAGGCUUUGGCUGGGAGAGCAGGCAAUGGGAGCCCUUCUGGGUGCAGUCCUCUGGGGUUGCUCUUUGGCACUCAUGUAUGAGUUUGACUCCACAAGGCUUGGCAUGGAUACCAAAACAGUUGCACCAAAUUAGUUCUGAACCCGGAACACAGAAUUCAGUGCUUCAGGAAGGAGGUGCUCAGAAUGCCCCGUGCAGAGCAGCCAGUCAUUCCUCUUGUUUGUUCUCACCUGGGUGUGCACUCUCAUGAUGCGGUGGCUGCAGCACCUUCAUGCCAGGUGCUGAGAGAGUGGGAAAUUCUUCCUCCCCACUGGCCUGAGUCCCAGAGACUUAGGGAAACAGACCUCAGGUGAGGCUGGGGACCUACGAAGCGGUGGAUAAUAGAUUGGAUAAUCAGAGCUUUUGAGGCAGGGGGCUCAUGUUUUCACUGCAGGGAGUUAUGCUGAGCAAAGAGAUGUGUUUUUCAAAACCAGAGUAUUGCCCCGUGUCCACACUGGAGUAAGUGGAGCAUGCUCCUCUGUGUUCCCUGAAUGAUCUUGCACUCCUUUUCAGCAAAGGAGUACCAUGGCCAUGGUCAGUGGGAUCCCACAAAUGUUCUUAAAUGGGUAAGGUUUUAAGUAGCCAGAGAGUAUCCAGCCUACCACUGGCUUCUCCACAUCCUAAAACCUGAGACAGCCUUGGUAUAUGCUUUGUAAAUGUUUCUUUUCUUGUUGUUUAAGUAAUUAAAGUGUUUAAAAUGUCUUCAUUAGAUGUGACGAUUGUUUAAUGAGUUUGCCUCUGACUUGUGGCUCCAUGGGAGAUAGGCAAAGUAAUUAAGAAGUUACCAGAAAUUGGUCGGCUGGGGAAAUGCAAAAGUUAGCAUUUCAGUAAGUGAAUUUCUCCUGGAACAAACGAGCAAUUUUUCCUCUUUCUCUUAAGUAGUAUACCCUUUUCUCACUUAGUAAUUUAAUGGUAUAUAAAGACAUGUGUAUAAGUGAGUGCAUACAUAUGAGGUAUGACUAUAGGGUUGUUUGUGGGAAUUUCUUUUCUUAACAUACAGAAGAUCAAAGUGUUUCAUCUCACCCCGCCCUCCUUAAAAGGUGUCUUUUGGGAGACUAUGUGCUGAUUGACUAUAGUGCUGCCAAGUAAAAAGAUCUUGGGAACUCUUCUACCAGAACGGCCUUCGGGGCUUGUAACGUUCCUUUGGUUUCCCCUUAGAGAUGAGAAAUCCUCCUCCUUUGAGGAUGGAUUUAAGUUCUGGAAAUAAUCUCAAGUACUUGAUAGCACAGUUGGAUGAAUAAAGAUGGCAAUUAAGGUAAGUUACACCAUUUUUGUCUCUAAAAAAAAUCCCUAAGAAUUUUCUUGGAAUGAGUUUUUAGACUCAGAGCCUCUCAAAGUGUCCGCUUCAAGGGAGGACCGUCCUCAUUAGCACACCGAUUUUAAAAAUCAAUUCUCUGGCCAUGCCUCCUAUGUGUUCACAUCUCUGCAUACACUACAGACGUAAGUGCAUAAUCAUUCAUAUAAACAUCUGGUAGGUAUUCUGUAAAACUGUGUUUACUUUAGUGCAUGUUAUUGUCAUGUUACGAUGUGACUGGGGUGUUUCUUUGUCAUGAAACUUUGCUUCUUCACAGAAUUAGAAUACUGCUCCCUCUAUAUUGAAGUACAUAUACAGCAUUUUCUUAUAUCAGCUCCCAAAGUCUGGAUGCCCGGUGUUGUGUUUACAUGUGAUUGUGCCUAGGAGUCUGUUCACAUAGAGACACCUGUAAGUAUUUAUUACAAAACGGAAUGUAAGCAAAUAUAUCCACAUUGGUUUUAUUUGAAUCAAAGUUUUGUUUUGUUUUGUUUUGUUCCUUUUGAGGAGGAACAGGGAGCCUCCUCCUCCAUGAGCACUUACAGAAUUGUGUAAAAUUCUGUGAAACAAGGGCGAGCGUGGGCACCGGUUUCAGCCGUCCCAGUGCCGCUGCCCUCCCACCUACUCUGUGUGUGUGUGUGUCGCUGUGCUUGGUGGCAGUGUGCCGUGCUCGUGCCGGGCUCUUCCCAGCAGACGCUGGUAUCCGGCUGUAACGUUUGGCAUCUUCGUUUUGCCAGUCUGUGUUAAGGGGUGGUGUACGUGGCCGUACAGCCAGAUGGGUCUGUGUACCAGUGUGGGGAGUCCAAGAACACUGCCUGUCCCCCACAGCAAAUAUUGAUGCUGUUGGUCAGCCAAAGAUUUUCCUCUUCUUUGCUGCUUAAACUUGUGCCUUAAUAUUGUACAUAAUAAAUGGAUGAAAUGGCAAAACGGCUCUUCCCUCUCGCUUGCUCUUUUCUUCCUUAAAGAACUUAUAAACUGGUGCUCAAUAAAUGUUUCAUUUCGUUGUAA